GCGCACGUCACCACGAGUCAAUCGCUCCAAAAGCAGCAUAAUUAGCAUAAAUAGUUUCUUGAUCAAGGAGUUCGUUGUUAGAAGGAUCUUUUGUUAGUUUUUAUUGGCAAAGGGAGGAGGGAAGCACCAGCUGAAUAUCGUUUGAGGUAACAGAAGCUGUUGUGUUUCAUAAAUCAUAAACAUACCUAGAGUUAUAUCAUAAACAGCUUCAUUAUGUAUUUGCGAUACGCACCUUACAUAGUGAUAGUGAAUAGGCUUUAACUCGAGCGCUUUCAAUUUCGAAACGAAUCAUUCCAGCGUUUUCGAAGCUCGAUCUUUCGUUCGAAGUCUAAACUUUUGCCUCUUCAAGUACUUAUGGAGAUCGCCCGCCAUGAUACGUGAUCCAAUUAACAAAAUAUCGCGCACCAAGGAAGCGUAUAAGUUAAUUUGGUUUCGAUAUCUUACAGUUAAGCUCCUGCCGUCCAAAGCAUUCACUGAUCAUGCUUAGCUGGGCACCUGCUGCAAAAAUCUACGCAGGAUAUCGGUAAUCAGUGCACGAGUUCUUGGAUUUGUUACAAAUGGAACGAAUUGAAGGAGUAAGUAGUUCAUAAACUGAUCGAGAACCUUAAGUUUAAAAACAAUGCUCGGAAAGGGUCCGUUCCGCAUUCGAGCCAAACUGCGAAAGUUGCGACAGAUGAAGCGACGAUAUCUAGGAGAAUGUCUUUCGAUAGCAUACUUUUUAUAUCGUGCUGUCAAAGAUCAACGGAAAAACCUUAUAUCGACAUCACAAGUUUGGAAGCUGAUCGUCUUCUGUAGUUACAAUCAUCUUAUUUGUGCCCUGGAUUCGUGUUUCAUUUGAUUUUUUUUUUGUUUUUUGUUUUUUUUUUCAUGUCUACGACAUGUCACACAACGAACGUGGUAACUUAUGGACCAUUGGUUCAUUGAGUGAAGCUUACGAGACAAAACAAAAAAUCAAAACAUAACAACCAAUCAAUCAAACAGACGAAGCAUGCUCAGCGAGAGCCCGCGAAAAAUUUCUUCCUUGUCGAAAACGUGAAAAGCCUGUACCUGUACUUUCUUAUUAAGUUACGGUUUAUUCAUUUGACGUAACGAUUUUACUACAACGCUUCGGUUAACUCCCACUCAAAACUCUCGGCUUAUCCAAAAGGAACGCAAGUUAAACGACCCGUUGUGAGCACGUGGAACAGUGUCAUAUAUGGGGCGAUAAAACCCGUGCCGCAGAUAUGUUUGUUUGGUUAUGUAUAGCUAAACGAAAUCACCCAUAAAUGUCCAUCAAAUUAAGAAGAACUGAAUGUAUCGUACAUUUUCCAACAGGGCUGUAUCCUGCAAAAAUACAUAUGAGAUCUCGCCAAACAGUAUUCCUAAGCGAAUUCGACCAAACAUUCUAUGCGUCUUUCGGUUUUGUUUGAACAGUUUCGUUAUUCAACAAAGAAAAUCAAUAGUAAAAUAUAUGUAAACACUGUUACAUUUGAGAAAUGACAAAAACGAAAACAAACUCUACGUGUGGUUUUAUACGAAAUUUCCAUGAAAUGAGUGUGGAACCGGAGAUUAUGGUUGUUUUAUUUUCACCGCUAUGGUGAAAAAUCAUGCUGGUAUGAUGUAAAAUCGCAAGGAGGGGGAUGGUACUACUUCACUUUUGUCUGAGGGGAGGGGAUGGCACUACUUCACUGUUGUCUGAGCGAAGGGGAUGGUACUUCUUCGCCGUUGUCUUGGGGAAAGGGAUGGUAUUACUCCAUUGUUGUCUUGGGGCAGGGGUGAGGAGAGAGGAGGGAGACAAGCAGGGUGAAGAGCAACCCGGAAAGUUGCUCUAGCAUCUCUAAAUGAUAUGCGGUUCAGUGAUCAAUUUAUUCGGUGUACAGGUCUGAUUUUUUUUCAUAGCACCUCUGCAUUACAUAUGUAGUUAUCCUUGGUUUGCACUUUACGUCAUAAAAAUCCAAAAUCCAAAAUAACAAGGGCUAUACAACAGUUUUACCUCCGGAAGACAAAAGACCCCGUAAACAUUCACCUUUUGGUAAGGUUAUACCCUCGUGAGGUUCUCCAUUUUGGAAAUAGAUGCAUCAGGUCUAAUUUCGUAAUUUUUCUUCACUUGACAUUGAAAUAGCGGCCUGGAAAGCUGAUCUGAAUGUAAAAUGUAAUUUCAUCGUGUGACAUUUUGUUCCCUGAGCAUUAGAAACAUUAAAAAGUCUGUUUAGAUAAAUUCUGAAUAAAUGUUCGCAAGUCCGCAGUGGUAAGUUGUCUAGGCCUGUACAACAAUGUCUCGCCACUCGUAUCUAGAUGGUUCUAUUCGGAUGUUGUAGGCAUUCAGUUCUGAAUUUACCACCUCUUGGUGACGUGAUGUUGAGGCAUGUCACAGCAUUGAUUAUGCUCAACAAGACUGAAAAGAAAAAAACAUUAGUUAAGUGUGUCGAAAGUAAACUAAAAUUAGGAUAUGGCAAAUGGAGAAUGAGGAAUGGUGAAUGGGAAAUGGGGAAUGGGAUAAUGAAAUGGGAAAUUGAAAAUAGGAAAUUGAUUUUUUAAAAAAUUUUUUCCCUUAGAUUUAUUGUUAAUAGUGAGGAACAAAUGUUUUUCAUUCAUAUCCACGUUCUCUUUCUCAAACAUUUACGGGCAAAAUUCAAGGAACGAAAUAAGUUAAUUAUAAGGAAAAAAGUGAGCUUGGAUGAACAGACAAUGUUCAAGGACAAAUAUACGAGAAUAUGUUCACGUAAAAUAGAGGCUAUUGUGUUUCAUGUAGUUCAAAUAUUUUGCAAUGCGUGUGAAAAAAUGGUUACGAACAGCUUACUGUUUUCUGUGUGCGAUGUGAUAAACAAAUACAUACCUCAAGUGUCAUGUAUCACUUCUUUCGUUGCCGGUCAUCAAUUUAUUUAUUUCAUUCCUCAGAUUUUGCCUUUGAACCUUUUUAAAAGAAAGCGUGGAUAUCUGACAAAUAUCCAUUCUGCAUAAUAAACACCCAUCUUCAAUUUUUCAUUUCAUUUUCCUUUUCCCCAAUCCCCGUUUUUCGUUUUCCGUUCUCCAGUUCGCAUUCCCCGUUCCCGAUUAUUUAUUCCCGAUUCUCCAUUCCUGAUUUUCCAUUCUCGAUUCUCCAUUCCAAUUCUUAGACUUCGCUAAAAGGGAGGGACAGCUUGUAGUAUAAUUUUUCAUGAAUUAUCUCGUGUCUUUGAAUUUUCCCUUUGUUUGUCCUAGUAGGAGUCCAAGAUCAAUUUACCUCCUGUCAGCCCCCGCUAAAGCUCCGCAUAAUUUCAUUCAUGAUCUCGAUCUAAAUAAUUCAAACUUUGACGAUAAUUCUUGCGGUUCCAAUCUCAUUGUCCAUGAUAAUCCAGCUUUUUGAUAUUCAAAUAUUCAACAUGUUAAACAGCUUAAGAUGUGUCGAGCGGGUACGCUGUUUUAUAACAUAUUUAGAGGUAUCGACGGCGCCAUCAAGUUUCAAACGGUUAUUUUCGUUAAAUCAACAAAUUUCAGCAGCUAAUGUACGGUUGAUUUUUACAGGUAAAGAAGAUACAGAUUUUCUCUCUCGCGUGUUGAAAACUGCAGGUAAGUUGAAUGUCUAACUCAUAUGUUUUAAUGCGGACCAAGGCUCCGUCUUUUGGUUUUAAUUUACAACUAACAGCUUUUUUGGCUUUUUAUUUCUUGACGUAACAUAUCCUCCUGUAAACUAAACCAUUUUAUCAGACAUGGGUAAUUCGUAUUGGUUGAAAGGUAAUUUUAUGUCAAUAUUUUGGUGGUAUGUUUACAUUUGAGUGUUCGAAAUUCACUGGCUUGUUACUAAGGUCUCGCUUAUCCGUCCGUCUGAAAUGUGCACCGUCGGACAACAACGUAGUCGGUCUAAAAUAUUCGCUGAGGUGUAACACAGGGAUUCCGGCUGAUUUCAAGUUUCGUUUUGCAGCCGCUUAAAAGAAGAAAAUUAUCUAAUGUAACCGAAACCAGACCAAAGUACAAUGACGAUUACAAAUGAGUUCCUCACGUUCGCUUCACCAACGAGUUUUAUUCGUCUUUUACGUAUCGACGCAUCAUAGGACUUGAAAAAAGUUUUAUUUUGACAGAUGGAAGUUCAUCGUCCACGUCUUUGUGCGAAGUUACUUAUAAAAUAGAUACUGACUUCACUCGCAUUAAAUCCAAAACAAUUUUAAGUCACAAAAUUGUCGUGUUAAUGAUGACAAAUACAGUGGACACCAUAACUUCAACUUAAAAUAUUUGUGUUAUUCAUUUGAUUUAGAAUGAUUUUUGAAAUUAAUCAUAUACAGAAACCGAUAGAUCUAGUAAAUAUGCGCAACCUAAUUGUUUUGUACCUCAGAAGACGCGUGAUUAACUAACACCAAACAAACUAGCAUUUGCUUGAACUUUUCUGAAAAUGUCUCGCCUGAAAUAGCCAAAAGUGUUGACACAAUUCAGUAGGAAUAUAUAGUUUUUGGUCGAAGGCGAUAUGACAAUUGGUUUAACGUGAUUUAACGAUUUUCAUGAUGCACUGUUUUCCGAAGUCACCUUUUAAACAAUUGUUGGAUUAGGUUUUUGUGAUAUCCAAAAUAAUUAAGGUUGAGGUAGGGCCAAAGGCUUCAGCUGACAACCCCUACCUUCAUCGACCUUGAUUAUUCUGACUAUCACAAAAACCGAAUCUAAUAAUUGUUGUAUUAUACAUUGAAAGAAAAAAAGAAUGGUCACGACAAUAAGUCGAACUGAUCAUUUAUUACUAAACGAAUAACAGUAUGCAAAUCAACAAGCAACACAAAGCGCGCGAACUUGACAUGAUUACCCUUAAAAAUCAUGCACCGCAGUCAUACAUGACAUGAUUACCUGUGACAUUGAGUGUCCUUGACGCCUGCUCAUCCUUUUAUCGCUUUCCUUAGUAGUCAGUAAAUAAAAUCUUCUUGCCACAACGUUUUCGGUAAUGAUAUAUAGCAUAUGAAUCUUGCAUAUUUGUCGAUUCUAAUGAUUAAGAAAUUGAGUUGAGACUUUACAACUUACAAAUUCUGUAAAUUAAGCCCAUCCUUUCACCGACAAAAACUACAAUCGGUUUUAUAAGCAGGCGCUUUUAUUUCGGUAUGAGAUUAUUUUCGGCCUUUUUUUUAUUUCGGUUUCAGACCAUUUUCGACCUGGGUGACGCGUUGUCCCAAUUUCGGUUUAUUUAAUCUUGUGAAAGUAUGGCACAUCUCGCUUCAGCUGCCUUCCUUAUUCCCUAAAUAAGUAAGUCAACUUUCGUUGUUCUAAGGUUCUAAUUUUUCUAAAUUUGCUGUGAAAAAACGCUAAUAAUAUUGAUCAAGCUGUACGAUGAACUGUGAGAUUUAUUCGAGGUUCGAAAGACAAUCACAGUUUCUAUUAGUUCAAGUGUGUAAUCUUAGGCUUCUCUUUAAGACUUCUCAUCAUGGUAUGAAACGUUUGAUUUUCUUUCAGAUAUUUUUCAUAAGAAUUUUGCGACCUGCAAUGUGUCAAUGUCAAUAGUUUUGAGGAUUGUUUCAAAAGUGACAUAUACUUAUGAAUGAAAAGCUUUCAAAAUUAGGCUUGUUCACCACAGGGAAUGAGCUUAAUGGCUCGCACUCUAUCGCUACUGUUUCUUCAGAAACUUACCCCUUUGGUAGUUUGCUGUUUAAGAAAGCUUUUGAGAGCUGUAAGGAAACUCUUCGGGUAGGUUUCUUGUGUUUUUUUUUCCGCUGUUUUUAUUUACAGAUUCUGAAUCAAAUCUGAAGCUGUUCUCUUGAUUCCUGAGCACUACUUGGCAACUUGCCUUGUUCAGAUGUUUAUCCCUAGCGUUAGGACAAAACUUCUGUUUGCUGGAGAGAUGAUUUCCGAGGAACAUUUGGUGUUGCGGCAUAAACUUUUUAACUAAGUUGAGUAAUCCAGUGAGGGAAAAACACGUGCUUCCUUUGUGUUGAAAGUUUAGCUUAAGCCCUCUGGAGACUUGUCACGUUUGUCGGGCCUUGAAGUUUGACGAUUGCGUGAUAUACCAAUUGUACUUAGGAUGAUUUGCAAAAACGACUUGGAAUUUUCGCACAUCGAAGCAUUUAUCCGAAGAAACAACCUUCAAGAUUUUGCUUUUUAAUUUUUCAUAUUUAACUUUGCUUUUUCUUUUUUUUUUUACCAAGUACGUGAACCAAAGAUGAAACUUGAUGACUCUUCACACAGUUAUCUGUCUCUUUGUUUAGCUUGACAUUGUACUAAGAGCAAAAAUUUAUUUUUUUCUCAUUUUUUUAAAAAAAGGUAACCGUUUUUCACUGAUUUCAUAAGCUGCAGGUGCGAAUCACACACAUAACUAUCUAAAGGUGUGAAUAAUGAAAUAUAUCACGAAGUAAAAGGCCUCCUUUCAGGUCUGGCCUUAGAAAAAUUGCUCGUUUUAUGAAAGCUUUUAUGCUUUUAAAAUUCUGUAACAUUUACCUCUUUUAAAGGUUUUUCGAUAUGCAUUUUCUAGUUGAAAAUUAAUCCUUGCGUAGUUCCUUGCCCCAACAGUCUCCAAGGAGUUAACGUAACUGUCAGUCUUACGAUUACGUAUUGUAUUUUUACUUUGUUAUUUUUCCUGGCAAAAAAAGAAAAAACUUUGAAAACAAAAAACAAAAAGCAAGUUAAUGACUUAACAUUCGCAUUCAGUCAGAAGACAAAAUUCUACGACAGAGUAGAACUGAAAUAAAACGAGAUUGAAAUCUUGGUUUAAAUAACUAAUUCAGUAGCCAUGUAACAGCUGUCAUUAACACGUCGUUUGGAUUUCAGUGGCAAACACAGAUUUAUUUGCACAUUCAACCUCAUUUUAUCGUGGUUUUUUUCACUUUUCAGACGCUCAACACAGGAGAUGGUGCUUUUGAGCUAACCCUUGAUCCGAAAACGUUUAAGGAGAGUGGCAGUGCUCUGUCUGACGGUUUGAUAGCCAUCAGCGAGGGUUUUUGAGUGAACAAGUUCAUACCCGUUACUAGUCAUCUCAAACUCAAGGGAAUUGCUGCAGUCAAAUCGAAAACAAGGUAAACUUAAGCAUUACACAGCUCUUUGGUUUGCUCUACUUGUUGCAAAGACAGAAAAGUUCUACCUGGUUUACAACUCUAAUUGAGAUGGCGAUUUUUCGAUUCGUUAACUCUCCUCUCUAAUGUUCCUUAGACAACGAUAAUAUUUUAAUCUUUUUUUAACACUCUCUGAGGUAAAAAACUGAGAAGUAUGUGACACAUUCGCAUGCGAAACUCCAAACCUCACCCCAUUUUGCGAUACGAACAUGUUUGAGCUAUCAUUUUGCGGAAAUCAUGUGAAAAUCGCCAUAUGUUUUUUUUAAUUUUUGAUUGAUCAGCGCGAUUCGUGAUGGUUAACCGACGUAGCUUCUGCUAUAUCAAUUUCUUGCAACGUUACAUUGCACAUGCAGCUCCCUUGAUCUGCCGUUUAGCUGCCACCCAAAGUCGAUUCAAUUUAAACUGAAGCCAUGGAAACAUUUAGUGAGAAGCGUUAACCACAUCCUUAUCUCACGGCGCUGUCUGUGAAUACUUUUUUAGCUGAUUGAUAUCUCAAUUCAAUGUUGGUUCAACCCAAAACAUUGAUUAAUUGUUAUAAAACGUUUUGAUCCAAGAAUUACAAAGUUUUCAUCACAAACUCUUUAUUUAUUCCUUUCAAACCAAACAACCCUCUAAACGUGAGAUACCAACAAAGACUCAAAUGAUUUCAAAUCGUAAUGAGAUAAACGCUCUUUAUUGUCGAGACAUUAAAUGAUUAGUUCUGAAGGGAGACUCAAUUAGCAUGUAAAAUUACCGUGCGGCUUCUCCAAGAAGAAAAUGAACAAUGCACAGUUCGCCUUUGUCGGUUGGUGUGUUAUUUGAGGGGCUGCCAGAACGGACAUUACGGGAAAUAUAAACAUUUGUAUAUAUUCUAUGCGAGAAACAAUCACCGAAAGAUGUACAACUAAUGCCGAUGGUCGCUCGUUGACGAGCUGAACUAGAGUUAAAUGCAGUGAUUUUUUUACCCAUUUUCGUUUAGUUUUUGUUCAGUAGAUUGGGUGGUUAUUGAGGUCAAUUAUGAGGGAUUUGUGUGGGGAGGUACUGCCUUUAAACUCGGUUUCCUCCUAAGCGGUUAUUAAUCCUUUUUUUUUUUUCAACUCGAACCUACGUACUCUCUCCUAGCUAUACACUAAUCAAGCUGAAGAAAAUCCUAAAAGAGCUUUUUAUCAUAAAAUUGUUGAUUUUUUGGCUUGACCUUGCUAAAAGAACUCUCAAGAGAUAAUAGAAUACUUCUUUGAUGAAAACUGCACUUGUCGAAAGAAACAAAAAAAUUACCACAAAUUGGCUGCGCUUCAGCAAGUCGAACUUAAUAUUUUUUAAACAAAAGAAGAACACCAAAGCAAUUCCUCUUAGUGAAAAGAAGGAAUCUAGGUAGGAAUCUUACUGAGUACGUAGUCUAAAUAUAUAACAAACUUCCGAGGGAAAGGACAAAUUGUCUCACGGACCAAUCGUUUGAAAGGCGUCGUUAGAAAUGAUCCAAACAGGUGUUCUGUUCAACUGAAUUUUAAUUGUUUCAACACAGCGGUAUAUCAGGCUGAAAUUUUCUACGAAUCUUCUGCUGUCUUCGGCACGAAACGAAGAUCAGUUCGAUGCACACCAGAAAUUCUGAGGUUACUGAAUAUGCUGAUCAUGAGAAUUUUCUUGGAAAUACGUCAAACUGAAACCAGAAAAGGUGAAGCGCUCCUUUAGCGGUGGGUAAAAGCGAAUGUUUGAGGUUGACUAAACAGAACUCGAUCAUGCGGUCACGUUUUUAGUCGUUUUUGUGCAUGCAAGCAGGUGAAGUAACUAUAUUUUACAUUUAAGACAUUUGCUAUAUAUACAUUUCUAAACCAGGCUGACCGAGAAUUGCCCACCUCACAGGAAUUAUCUCAAUCUUUCGUUACAUCUCUUGCAAAGAAUUAAAAUUUUCGCUUCAGGCAUAUGCAUAUUCUGUUAGUAUCUAUGAAAAUUUUGUUCGGUAUUCUUUAAUUCUGUCACGGAGAAAUUUAGCUCGCUGUUCAUACGUGAAAAAAUUGUGUUUGAAUGCAUUAUAUUUAAAUCAGAAAACAAUAUUUCUUUGAAAUGGAAGAACAACCACCAAGGGCGGCCUAUUGUGAUCCUUGUAAAGAAUUAAACCAAGAUUUGGAGAUCGGAAAGGAUGGCUUUUGAAUUCAUCUCGCAACAAAAAAUUUCCAGUUGUCUCUGGAAAAAUUAUUCAACAACUAAAAAAAAUUCAGUGUAAAAAAAAGGAAAAGGAACCCAGUUGUGUUCCAUUUGUGUAACGAAGCCGGCCGUAAUUAUUACACGACACGGGUAAGACAAAAUUGUAAAAUUCUGCCUACUAAUUCGUAUUAAUUAUGGAUCAAGGUCCGAGUGGGUUAAUUCUAGUAGAGUUUAUUGGUUUCGUAACGCUUGUAACCACAAGAAAAAGAUUUCGCUACAAUUCGCUUUCAACAUUUAUUGUUUCAAAGAAGAUUACAUCGAAUGUGGCGCUUUUGAAUUUAUUAAAUAUUUAAGUCAGACGGUGUUAUAUGGCGACUGAAUCUCCAAACAGGUAGAAUGUUAUUGUGAAUCCGAUGGCCAGAAUUAAUUACUCUUUACUUGUUUGGAACGAGGUUAAUCAUUUGAGAGAUGGAUUUUGAAUUCUUUUUUUUUUAUUUCGAGAGUAAUGUAGAUCCUUCCAAAUUUUGUGAACACAAAACGACACAGAAUAUUACGGUUUAAAAUAAAUUUGAACUUUUACUCACACUUCACUGCGAUUACUGUCGAGCGGAUCACUGGCAUUGCGUUAGUUUUGUUUUUCGUUGUUUGUUUUCCUAAGUUUGCUUGCCGUUUUCUGGAUUUUUCAGAAAUAAUUUAUUAGUGCAAAUGAGAAAAGACAAGCGUAAGGCUAGAAAAAUUCUAUCCGUUUAAAUAUUUUUUUCUAUAAUAUCAAGUUUACCAGGGUUUAUUUGACAAAAGAGAAGUAAAUUGGCCGCAGUACCAGCGCGUCGUUAUGUGUAAGUAGUGUUCAAGCCACACUGUGCUUUGGAAGGAAUGCUUUCAUGCUAUUUUUCCUAAUCUCGUGGUACAACCAAUUAAAAUAAAACCGAUAAUUCACAUGUAGGGGCCCGAUAUAUCGCCAUGAAAAGAUUUUCUUCUGGAAGAGUGGCACCUCGAAAGAGGUUUUGUAUAUUUUACUUAACUUUGAUGCAAAACUCUGCGUAAGAGUGCGAGUGAAUAACUUUGAUAUAAGAAACGAAUAAUAUAUAAAAGUGUUAACAGCCAAAUUAAAUUUGAUUUUGUAGAAAGGAAAAGGAACAGGAAUGUUUUACUAAAAGGAUUCAUCAUUGGUGUUAAUCACGAUACCACUCAAGUGCUUCUUCUCGUUUUAACACUUAAAUCCCACACACCAAAAUAAUAUCGUUAUCUCUCGUACGCAGUCGGAAUUUCAAAAUGUACGUUUUGCAGACCUUUUCUUUUUCAACACUCGCUUUGUUACGUCUUUUGUAAUAUAUUUUGAAGCCUUUAAUUUGCAUUAGCUCGGUUAAUGUUAAAGGGAAUGUUUUUUGUAAAGGAUAAAUUUUGUCUGAUAAAUUAACGUUUUUAUAUAUCGGUGAUCCCGACUUUAACAAAGUCUCAAGUCUUUAACUUAAAUUUAUUUCUUAAGGAGAGGAAUAAUACUCCAAGAAACAGUAAUUUCUUUUUAAAACUCCAAUUGUCAUUGCUUGAUUUAAAUGAUAUUCAGGAUAAGAUAGAUCCAAGUGCCUAAUUUUUGACAAUACUAGUACAUAAUUAGAGAGGGUGAAAGAAGAUUUUGCGUGAUGCAGGAUUUAGUGGUUUUGAUUUUCGUUAUGUGUUAUUUGUACUUUUUGAUAUGGGUGAAACUUGUGCCACACACUGCCCUCCCUACCCCCCUCAAAGUAGGAGAACAAUUGAGACUUAUCUCGUCUCGAAUUUUCAUAUCACCUUCUUGUUCUUGAAUAUAUAAUGUGAGUGAAUAUUAUGGCAAUGCAAGAGAUAUGUGUUGAACCAUUUAACGACUUUUUCAUAAAGUACAGCCAAAAUAAACAGUGUGAGAGCAUGCGAUUUUAACAAAGCCAUCGGUGGUUCUUAAGUGCUGUAUACGUAAUACUUGCUCUGUAGGAAAGAAUUUUAAUAAGCAUCCUUUUGCUUUCACUUCUUUUCAAAAGGAAGAACUGCACAUUUGAUGAAAGCCAAUGUUGACAAGCUUCUGAAGUUUUCCACUCAUUAAACAAAGUUUUCAUUUGGUACUUAAUUGUGAUAGAUUAAAAAAGGAAGAAUGGUGCGCCAUCUUAUUUUUAGCUUUAAAUGAAUUUCUGGUUUCGUUUCAAUGGCAGUGGUUAUCCAUUGAUGAAUGGGAUUAACAGAAUAAAUCAGCUUUCCUAUGUUUUCUUUAAUUAGCGCUCUUGUUCUUGUUUUUCAUGUUUUGUCUUUCUGCCGAUCGUUUCGAAUUGGCUUUCAACGUGCUAACCGCUGUGGUGAUAAGUGAUAGUAAUAACAGUGCAAUUCAAAAAGCUCUGUUUCCAACCCUUGCGGUUUUGUUAUCAAAGAGCGGCUUUUUCAGAAAGCCUGGCUGUCUAAUUGAAGCAUUGCUGCUCUGCUUUCGAAGACUUGUUAUAGUCCAUCGCAAAGUAUCGAAUGCAGCAAGGGUUUUGACCGGAUAAUUUGUUAGCUUACACUGAAAAUAGCUGAUUCCAGUGAUGGGUUGAAAUUACAGUCAUGCGACUUGGGAAACUAAAAAAUUUACUCGUCUAUUUGUCGGCCAUUCAAUUAACUAAGGAGAUAAAUAAUGAUGGACAACUGCUUGAAUUUUUAAUCUCAUAGGAUUGCUUGAAUCUGUUAUGGGAUCGCCUAAGAUUCAGGCGAUUUUUCAAGUAAUUUUUUAGUUCAACGUGUAGAAAUAUGAAAUGAAAUUUAAUUUUCUGCACGUUAUGGCUUAAUGCGUGACGUUUAGUGUAUUUCGUUUUGCAGACGUUCGAGUUCGAGGCAGACUGUUGAAACUUUCGCUCCUUGUCUGGAUGUGUUGUACAGCGAGUACUUUCCGCCGUUAUGAGUCGUUUAAAGUUGCGUUGGGCCCUCGUUCGCGUUGCACUUAUCAUGUGCAUUAUAUUAGCUGUGCAGUUUUUUAGCCAGCUAGGAUUGCUGAAUGCGCGUCCCCCGAACUGCGAGCAAAUGAAAGUUUUCAAAGAAAGGCUAAGUGUACAAGCAAAUCCUGGCAAUGAGCAGGUUAUAGCCAUACAGAAGGACGAUCCAAUCAUUGAAAAACCUGUCACUAAACAAGAUUUGAAAAACGAUAUUAAGAAUGAACAAAGAAAUAUGGAUAGAGAGAAACUUAUUAGUGAUUUAAAGCGUAUAGCGGUGGAACUUUCAGAAACACAUCGCGGAUUAGCGAAUUCUGCGGUGCAUUAUCAUCGAGUCGGGAAGAGCCUUCAAUCUUUAAACAGCGUCAUUCAAUCUUUGGGUGGUCAAGCCGUGGACGAUAAAGAACAUUCUAUUGGAGAUAAAAAGGCUGACGCACCAAAGAAGGAAGUUUGCCCCGAGAAGUUCCUAGGCAGAAAUCUAGCUUAUGGAUACCCUUAUUUUCGAAAAGGUUUCGGUAGAAUAAACUGUACAGAAUUUGUUCCUAUGAAUAGACUUGUGACAAUUCUUGUUACGUUACCAGAGGAGCUACCGGCUAAAGAUAAAUAUAAAGUUUUUGAAGGCAUCGCAAAACACUAUUCAGACGUACAGGUUGUCUAUGCAUCACAAGGUCAACUCGCCAAGGACACCAUGACAAAGCUGAAAUUGAAUUUAAAGCAUCACGUCUCUACCAAUUUGAACCAUGGGGAGACAUGGUCUAAGUUACUAGACGAGGUGAACACGCCCUAUGUUCUUUUUGCCCCGGAGAUAACACACUUUACGGAUGACAUUGAUUUUGAGCGGCUUAUCAGAGUACUUAGUGAUAACAAGGAGGCGAUUAUCGCCGGGGGGAGCCAUCGUAACCUUAUGGGAGAAUGGGACAUCGGCUGUCUUCAACUGACGUUCAGAAAUUGGACAGCUUACUUUAGGGGUGGAUAUUACCACUCGUUCACGGAGUGCGUGGUGUGUGAUGUACUCUCUGGUCCGUUCGUAGCAAAAACCGAGCAACUCAAGCAAGUUUCAUUCGAUGGCAAGUGAGUAAGAGCUGAUUACUCUUUUUUUUUUUCUAAAUAUAUCAAAGGGAAAAUUUGGUUAAGUUAGGUGGUGGAACUUAGAAAAUGUCGGUAUUUUUUGACAAAGGCCUGAUUAAUCUGUUAUUCGUGCGUGAGAAAUUAUAGUAUACUUCUCCGUAUUUUUUAACAAUAACGCAUGAAUGACGAUGAGGAAAGAAAAUUAUCAGUGCAAAAUCAAGAACUUCCCUUAAGUUUGGGAACAAAAGAAAAAAAAGAAAUGAAAUUCGAGACAGUUUGCCCAAGGAAGUAAAGACAGAUAUUAGUGAUUUAAGUGGGAAAAAAACUUUAAACUUUGAAAUUAUUUGGACAAAAGUAGUUUUUGCAACUUGAGGUGUGAAAAGAGCUAAAGCAGGUGGUGUACUUUAUAAUAAAAUUUAAACGAUGGGUAUUUUUUUUACUAGCGGUAAAAGGUUUACGCUUUGGUUAUUAGCGCUCUCCCACCACUUAAAAGCCCUCUUAUCGCUGUCUCAGGCUCUUGUGUUUGGUCUUACGGCGCUUUUUUAGGGUCAGCCGCACAUUACACGUUUGGCAGCCGUUCAUAGAAAAAGUGAUUGAAACCUCUGCUGAAAAGCUUGCGCGGAGAAGUUGAAAGAAGACUUUUUUUCCAGCGCGGAGUCUCAUUUCGGGACACUCUUAACAUUUCUUACUGUGCACAAUUUUAAUUGUCUCUUUAUUUCCAAUGCAUUCUUCUUGUUAUAGUUGAAAAUUCAUAGAUUCGCCACCCGUGAGAAUCUAGACGACUUUUUUAGGAUCGCUGACUUUUGACACUCAUCUGUGCUUUAUCUUCUAGGCUACCUUUCGGCGUCUUCCAGGAUUUAUUCUGGCGUUUGAAGAUGAAACACCCUGGUAAAAUCGUGAUUAGUUGCCCCGAUGUCAUGUUUAACAUCUACGAUCGGGACAUCACAGACGAUAAAUACGCCGCCCUGGCUAGGAAGUGGGAAGUGAAAAAAUGGGUGGAUUCAAGUGGUAAAGUCCGCUGGUAUGGUUGCAGGCGCGGGCAUUCUUAUACGGGCACAUCCUCGUGUAGUUUUCACAGGGGGCUUGGCGUUCCACCAUGUGAUCUGGAAAACCUUGCUGAUGCUAUCAAGUUUGUAAUGAAGGAGUGUGAAGACGCUGGCUUGUUUUGCGAACUUCAAGAAGGAACGUUACUAGGUAAACGACUUUUUACACAAGACAGUUUUUUUUUUCCAUAAACGCAGUAUAGCUGGUGCUGUUAUUUUUUUCAGUCCUUUUUGGCUUAACAAAGGUUUUAUUCUUAGUAGAAUUGGCUCAGCUGAGCUGAGUUAUGUCUAAAUUAGACUUAUUGCAGAUACAGUGUAGUUAAUCAAAGAAGUUGCAGAUUGUCUCUCGUUUCAUAAAAAUUUAGGUCCUUGUCGAUUCUAACUAGAAGACAGAAGAAUUCUCCAAUUAAUUAUUUUCAUGAUUGGAAUGAUCACGCCCCAAGCUAUUCUGCGGCUCGGGUUUAUCAUGAUAUCCGACCAGGAUGCAUAGCGCUUCAACCCAAUUCAAAAUCCGUCUAUACCACUGCAAAUGUUGAUUCUGUCCUCGCUUGCUUCUCCAUCAUGUUGUUUCCUGGCCUGACAAUUGUACUUUAGAUUGCUUGUUCGCGUUCCAAAACACAAACUAUCAUGAAACAGAAACUAUGAGGACAUACGUGAGGUGAACUAGUCUCUCGUAGCUUUGAAACAUACUGGCCCAAAACAAUCCUCUGAAACCUGCAAACCGAAGAAUAAUUACCAAUAGAGUAAUUUUUAAUUGAGUCUCCGAAAAAAUCCGAGAUCGCUUUGGUUUUACUCUUCUUUGCUCUGUGAUUGGCUAAAAAACUCGCACCUCUCUCUCAACCAAUCAGAUCCAAAACUAAAUUCAACAACGACGUGGUACUUUGAGAUCUCAUUGGCUAUUGAAAAUGUUUUCCAUUCUUUUCAUUGGCUGUUGUGAUUACUUUGGUUUCGGUUCUACGACUCUCGAUUGAAAAGCACCUUAACUAAAGUAUGGCAUGAAUAUCAUCAUGACUGAACCAAUGUUAUAAUAGAGUAAAAGAGAUAUAUUUUGCAAGAAUAUAAUCACCUUGAGUUAAAGUACUCUCAACUCUCGUUUUUCUUAUCUCCUGUGCAGGUGCAGUCAAAUUCAACAAAGUUUUACCAUGGGAACGCGACGCUGAUAUAACUUUCCUUACUGGGAACUACUCGGCGUUUAAGAAGCUCCGUUCAAAGUUUCAAGCAGCUGGCUACAGUCUUAGUGACGAUGACGGCUCCUUGUGGUGCUGCGCAGACGGUCGGCAAGCUGGGGGCAAGUUUAGAAUAGGCACAACCCGCUGGACUCUAGAACUGUAUGGUCAACACAUUAUGGAAUCUGAGACUCUUGUAGCAAACGGUCAGCGGCCGACAAAAGUACAAUUUUCUGGACAAUGGGUGACUGUAAUGCGCAAUCCGGGACUUUUUGCCCGUAAUCGUUACGGACCCGGUAUAUACCGUCACCAGGAACACUGGAUGGAUAUUGGACACGGAACUGGAUGGGCUUUUUACAAUCCCGGUCCCUUUUCAACGUGUGCGCAACCGGGUCAUUCCGGUUGUCUAGACAAGUUUUCUGCUGAUGGUAACCUACAGUUUAGUGAUUACCCGUUCGUUUGAUUUUCGGACACGAGUGGCAAAUUUACCAUCUUUAUAAUAAAUGCUUCUUUUAAAAAUGUGUCGUGGAGGAGAAGAAACUCAAUAAAAUCAUUCAUAACCCCGGAGGAUACAGAUUCGUGAGCUGAUAAUGCGCCGACCAAUUCGAAACUCCAAAAAUCCCUCCCCCUACCCGGGCAUUUGACUGUCGUCCGUGCCCGGAGGUGGGGAAUCAAAACCUUGCCCUUCCCGUAAAGGCUAUGCCUAAUUUUAUGAAUAGAUUUUAGUUUCUUUUUAUGAAUAUGAUUAAUCUUUAUGAUCUGAAACUAUUUAGGUAGCUUUUGUCUAAAUUGGAUCUUACUUAAACUAACAUUUUUAUCUGCCUAGUGUGGUGUGCGGUUUGCACAGGUAUAUUUUUCAUUACACUUGCCAAACUCUAGUGAAAAGGAAGAAAAAAGUAGACUCUGUGAAGAUCUAUAAAUCUAAAUGAAGAAGUAUUUUGAAAGAGAUUACCAAUCUUUGGUGGUCUGUUCAAGAAACAUUUAUCUCGAAGUGAAGUAUAUUUUUAAGAGAACAAUUAACUGUGUUCCUAAUGUUACAAAACACUUUGUUCCUAAUGUUACAAAACACCCAGAAACACCUGUUGUUAUUAAUAAAGGGAAAAAUAACCGUG